AUGACCACUCAAUACAGCUCAUCUCAGGUCGUUCGCACACCCGAAGGCCAGUCACCGAAACUAGUUAGAGAGACGAUUCCUGUCCCAUCACCGGGCCCUGGACAAGUGCUCGUAAAGUGUCUCAUUAAUGCUUUUGGCGACGGAACCGUGCUAGGCUGUGAUAUCGUAGGGGCAUUGAUCUGGGGAGGGGAGACCAAGGGACUUGGUGCAUACAGCGAGUACUGUCUGGCCGACCAGAGAAUUGCUUUCAAAGUACCUACAGCCCUCUCGCGUGAAGAUGCUAGUACAAUUUCUCUCGCUGCAGCCACUGCGUGGCUCGCAUUAUUCUCCCCAGAUUAUCUCAAUCUCGACCGUACUAACGCACAGGGUACAAGUGUGCUGGUAUGGGAGGUAGCAGUAAGACUUUCUUUAUCGCUUCAGAGAUUCCGAUUGUCUAACGUUAUCUGGUGUGAAACAGCCAGUGUCGGUCUGUACUCUAUCCAAAUCGCCUCUCUUUAUGGGUUCGAUGUAGUUACUACAUGCAGUCCCCAUAAUGCAGAGCUAGUGCGGUCAUAUGGUGCAAAAUAUGUCUUCGAUUAUAAGGAUGAGAAGGUGGCAGAGGAGAUCCGAAAAGUCGCCCCCAAUAUCUACCAUGUUUUUGACACUGUUGGAAAUCAAGGUUCAUCGCCGACAGCAUCAAUCGCAGCUCGACUAGUCUGA